AUGACCACGCAGCGGGCCGGGGGGCCAACCAACGGUGAGAAGGGUGGCCACGAAGGGGGCAGUCAUGGGCUGGAAAAGCACGAAGAUGCUGAGCGAAUUCGCUCCAAGAUUGCGUUGUGGGACUCGGAAGAGCGGCGAGCCAACGCGCCACCUCCCGUUUUGACUGGUGUGCAGCCGCUCAAGCCUUCGGACCAGAUCUACGUCCUGGGCUUGGAUUUGGCAGGACGAUACAUUACUCACAGCCUAGCGGGCUGCCAGACGAUCCCUCCUGUUCGCUAUCUCCUACACACACGCGGCUUGUGCCGGAAGUGGAUCCAAGCCAACGGGCAGCUCACCGUAUACCGAGGCCACAAUUUCAGCGUGCGCAGCCGUGUCGAAGCCGAGGAUAUUUCCGGCUUUCCCGAGGAGUCUGUUGAUGAGGAAGACAUGAUCCAUAAUCUCAUCAUCACAAUACCAGCCGGGCAAGUUGUUCAGGCGCUCGAGCGAAUUAAGCAUCGGCUUGACCAGCGAUCAACCAUAUGCCUUGUGAACGAUGGCCUAGGGGUUGCCGAGGCGCUCAUUGAAGCCUACUUUCCUAUCGAAUCAAGGCGUCCGGUGUUCCUCCUCGGUCAUUUCUCGGCGCAUCUCGGGCCGGCCGAGGAGGCCUUCUCCGUCUCCGAAGUCCGGCAAGGGAGGCUUUACCUCUCAAUCUUCUCACCGCAAGCUCCAGGACCGGCCAUGCCUUUCAGGAUCAAGCGGCAUCCUCCGCCGGAGCGAACAGUCCGAGCAACGCACCUCAUCCGCCUUCUGACGGCGAUACCCGGGCUCCACGCCUCCGGCUACCCCAUGACCAGCUUCUUCAGAUACAAGCUGCCGAUGAUGGCAUUCCGGUCGAUUGUGGACCCUGUAUCGGUGCUGCUGGACUGCACCUAUGACAAGCUGCUGACAAACCGGUACGCGAGGCAGCUGAUGGACCGGCUCCUGGGAGAGCUCACAGGGGUGGUGGCUGCGCUUCCCGAAUUGAGGGACUCGGAGGAGUUCCGGCAGUCGGCAAUCGACGCCUCGCUGAGGAAGGACGUGUUCAAGAAACUCCUGGCGCACAGGACGGCCAACACCAGGAUGCGCACGCAGAUCUCGCGCGGAUGGGACACGGAUAUCGACUUUUUGUCGGGCUACUUUGUCAGGCGUGGCCGGCAGGUGCGGGCCAAUGUCACGGCUCUGGAUUCCAUCAUGGGGGCGGUCAAGGCUAAGAACCGGACGGUGACGGACCAAAUGGAGGAAGAAUUGCCCAUGGAGGUCGGGCCGCCAUGAUACGGUGGGUCUCGUGAAUCUGCUGGGCCAUGCAGCUCAACUUCUGGAUGCGGUGUAUAAUAUAGUUACAUAGAUGGUUGUAUGUAGAUCGCUGGCAUAGGCGUGGGCGGCUGGCUUGCAUGGUAUGUACCUAUGUAGUAGUGUACCGGCACGACGCUCAAGUUUUUGUAUGAUAUAAAGAGAUACCUGUAACUUCAAUUGCCU